AUGAGUUUAACUGGCUUCCUGGUGCAACAGUGGGCCCAUACCAGAAUAGUGCAUGAUUGUAUCUCAGACUGGUACUACAGUACCCUCAGUGUCAUCAUUAAGCAAAAGCCUGGCAUCAUGCUACUUAUUGGACUGGGAGGACAGGAAAGUUCCAGCAAAGAUUAUGGUGUGACAUUUCUGGAAUGCUUACGAAAUAUCUCUGUGUUGCCGGAGGAUAAGGUAAAAGCUCAACUGGAUGAGGUGUUAAAUACACUGCAGAGGAAAUCUGAUAAAUCCAGUGAAUCAGAAAAUCUGGCAUCACGGGCAAGCACAUUUCUGAACAUUUCUGAGACACUGGUCUCUUUACUGGUGAAACCAACAGACACAGAAGAGCUCCUCAACUUUACCUCCAACACCACUGAGGUCAAAGUCUACACUGUUGGACCAAAUGCCACUUUAAAAAAUGUCCUUCGACUCAGUAAUACUGCCGCUCUCAUGGAUAUCGACAUCAUCAGUAUUGCAAAGAACAACAAGGGACAUGCAUCUGUGGCCUUCAUGACGUAUGACAACAUGUCAGAAAUACUGCAGCCCACCUUCUUCCCCUCAAAGAAAGGCACAGUCAACACUAUGAUGUCCACAGUAGUCUCAGCCUCCCUGCCCAAAACCACCAACAAAACGCUUAUCAAUCCAGUUAACUUCACCCUGAAACACAUCAGAGAGAUGGAUCCUACAGGAACACUUUACUGUGUCUACUGGGACAAAACUGAAUGGAGCACAAAUGGCUGUGUGAGAAUCAGUGAGGAAAAUUCCAAUGAUACAAUCUGCUCCUGCACACACUUGUCUACCUUUGCUCUCCUCAUGCAAACUGAAAAAUUACCUGAGUGGAGUCAUCGCUUGGAGCUGCUGAGCACCAUUGCUGUUACAGUAGGGCUGAUCUUUCUGUCCUUGGCUGUUUUGACCUUCAUCCUGUUUCGUAAGAACUCGAGAGUGAGCAGCGUACUCCGACUGAACCUCUGCAUCUGUCUACUGCUAUCACACCUCCUCUUCCUGCUUACUCAACGUUUUCUGGCUCACAGCAGUUACAAGGUACUGUGUUCUGCAUUUGCGGGAAUAUUGCACUUCCUUUUUCUCUCUGCAUUUGUGUGGAUGUUCCUUGAGGCCGUAACACUCUUCAUCUCAGUGAAGAACCUAUCAAAGAUCAAAUCCAGGCGGAGGGAGGUGCUUCACUGGAAAUACCAGCUUGUGAUUGGUUAUGUGGUCCCCACUCUUGUGGUUGGUGUAUCUGUGGCUGUUCAGCGUGACGGUUAUGACAGUGAGACGUGCUGGAUUAAGUUGGGGACAAGCUUUGUGUGGAGUUUUUUGGGUCCUGUUUGCUUCAUUCUUGCAGUGAAUUUGAUCCUCUUCAUCAUCAUCAUCAUCACUCUUCAGUGUACACUGAUGCACCUGAGCGGUGAUGUCUCACAGAUCAAAAACAGCAGGACUAUGGUGUUCAAAGCACUGGCCCAGUUUUUUAUACUGGGUUGCCCCUGGAUACUGGGGUUCUCCAUAAAAUACGGUGAAGGGGUGGAGAUCAUCUUCUUACUCCUCACUUCCCAGCAGGGCACCUUCAUCUUCCUGGUCCACUGUGUCCUCAGUGAAGAGGUCAGAAAACAGUACAAAAAGUUGUGGUACACCCUCUGCCCUCACCAUGAGAUCAGUGCAUCUGUAAAUGAACAGAUGACAGAGCCAUCAAACGGGAGAUACACACUGGAGGACUCAGGAACAGGAGAGUUCACUGUGACCAUCAGUAAACUAAAGAAGUCAGACUCUGGGUCGUACUCGUGUGUCAUAAACAGCACUGCAUAUGAUAAAGUGGAUAUCAUAGUUGUGGGCGAUGAUGAAUCUACCACAACUGUUUUGAAGACGACUACUCAACCCACUGUGACAGAUCAUACAGACUGGUACUACAGUACCCUCAGUGUCAUCAUUAUGCAAAAGCCUGGCAUCAUGCCACUUAUUGGACUGGGAGGACAGGUACAGAUUAACAUGAACUGGUUCCUCUCAAACAGUUCACGCCAGCAAUGUUGA